GAUCAAUACAAAGAUGUAGCGGUUAUUGGUAUGGCAUGCCGCGUUCCCGGCGGCAUACAAGAUCCUGAAAGCCUAUGGCAGGCACUUCUGGAACAAAUGGUUGCUUGUGGAGAUAUUCCCGUCCAUCGCUGGGAGCCGUAUCAUAAAAGAGACCCCCGCAACAAAAAGAUCCUUGAUCAAACAACAAGCCGAGGGUAUUUUGUCGAUACUAUUGAAGACUUUGACUAUCAAUUCUUCGGGGUCUCGCCCAAGGAAGUUGAACAAAUGGAUCCACAGCAGCGAAUUUCCCUUGAAGUUGCUUGGGAGGCUUUAGAACACGCCGGUAUUCCUUCAAAGUCACUUAGCGGCAGUGACACAGCUGUUUACUGGGGUGUCAACUCGAAUGACUAUUCAAGAUUGGUAUUGGAAGACCUACCCAACAUUGAUGCUUGGAUGGGAAUCGGAACUGCAUAUUGCGGAGUUCCAAACCGGAUAUCCUAUCAUUUAAAUCUGACUGGGGCAAGCGUUGCCGUUGAUGCUGCUUGUGCCUCUUCCCUUGUUGCUGUGCAUCACGGUGCAGCCGCUAUUGCGACAGGAGAAUCACGAAUUGCCAUUGUUGGGGGCGUGAAUGCUCUUUGUGGGCCUGGACUUACUCGGGUUUUGAACAAGGCUGGGGCUGUCUCUCCAGACGGACAGUGCUGCUCAUUUGACGAAGAUGCGAACGGCUAUGGCCGUGCAGAAGGUGCGGGGGCUGUCAUUCUUAAAAAUCUGUCCCAGGCUCGGCUUGAUGGAGACCAUAUCCUUGCAGUUAUCAAGGGUACUGCAGUCGGCCACAAUGGGAGAACAAAUGGAAUCAUGGCCCCAGAUUCCAAGGCACAGCAACUUGUGGCUAGAAAUGCCUUGCAGGCCGCAAAUGUUGAUCCUGACACCGUACAUUACGUCGAGGCCCAUGCCACAUCCACAGCACUUGGGGAUCCAACAGAAAUCAACGCCCUUGCAGAAGUUUACGGGAAAAGGCAUUCUAUAGACAAUCCUUGUUAUAUUGGCUCUAUCAAACCAAAUAUCGGACAUUUAGAGGCAGGCGCUGGGGUUAUGGGCCUCAUUAAGUCUAUUUUGAUAGUUCAAAAAGGACUGAUGCCGCCUCAAGCCAACCUAAAAACGCCGAACACGAAAAUAAAAUGGAAUGACUCCGGCCUAAAAGUGGUUCAGGAAUUAACAGACUGGCCAGAUGACACAGGGCCACGCCGCGCUGCAGUGUGCUCUUAUGGCUAUGGUGGAACAGUGUCUCAUGCUGUUAUUGAAGAGUUCCAGGAAUUUUCUCCCAUCCUCCAUAAUGAGACAAGGGACUCGUCCAAUGGGCACCUGCUUCUACUUUCCGCUCCACAUGAACAACGCUUAGCAGCUCUAGCUCAAUCGCUCAAAACUUGGAUAGGGCAACAAGACAAGGCUCAAUUUGAUUUGGCUAUGUUUUGCAAAACCCUUGCGGCACGCCGAAGCCAUUAUGAGUUCAGAACAUCGGCAGUCAUACAUGAUGUUGAAGGCGCCAUAGCUGCUUUGGAUUACAUAUGCAAAGGAGCAAACAAUCAAUGGAUUACCCGGAGCCGCGUUCUCCCAUCUGAUUUGGCGAAGGAUGUUGUAUGGGUUUUCUCUGGCCACGGAGCACAGUGGACCGACAUGGGAAAGGAGUUAAUAAACAACAGGGUUUUCCAUGAUGCAAUUCAAGCCCUUGACAAGAUUGUUGAGGAAGAAAUCAACCUUUCCCCCAUUGAAUGGCUUCAGUGCGGAGAUUUCAAUUCCUCCGAUCGCGUGCAGAUUUUGACAUAUAUUGUACAAAUCGGAAUAAGCGCCUUGUUAAAGAGCCGUGGUAUCUAUCCCCAGGCAGUUAUUGGUCACUCUGUAGGAGAGAUAGCUGCCUCUGUGGUCGCAGGUGCUCUUUCACCCGAAGAGGGCACUCUUAUAGUGACUCGCCGAGCCACCUUGUACAGGCAAGUCAUGGGCCAAGGGUCAAUGUCCCUGAUCUCCAAGCCUUAUCAAGAGGUAUGCGAAGAACUUAAGAAAGCCAGAGACGUAGUAGCGGCCAUCGAUUCUUCUCCAACUUCCUGUGUAAUUGCAGGGACAAAUGAUUCCGUGGCUGCUCUCACCGAGAAAUACCAAAAACAAGGAGUGAAAACAUAUACUGUGAAGACAGACAUCGCAUUCCAUAGCCCAAUGUUGGACCAACUGAGAGAGCCUCUUGCAGCUACACUACAGGGUGUGCUAAAUCCAGCUCAUCCACAUGUGAGGCUAUUCUCUACUUCGUUAUUGAACCCACGGGGCAAAAAUCUUCGGGACUCUACAUAUUGGGUCAACAAUAUGACUAACCCAGUGCGGCUUACAUCUGCAGUCCUUGCUGCCGUUGACGACGGUUACCGAAGAUUCCUAGAAAUAUCUAGUCAUCCACUUGUUUCACAUUCUAUCAGUGAGACACUGAUGGAAGCUGGGAUUGAGGACUACUCCAUGAUACAAACCCUUCGUCGAGAUCAGCCAGCUGAAAAAAGCAUACUCCAUGCAAUUGGCCAACUUCACUGCAGCGGAGUAGAAAUCAACUGGAAUAGUCAGAUGAAAGGUACAUGGAUGCAAGACGUACCUCUGAGCCCAUGGGUCCAUCGCCCAAUAGCGCAGAAACAACCCAUCCACAGUACUAUGGGUAUGGUAGCGGAUAUUCAUGAUGUUGACACGCAUACACUGUUGGGUCGCCGCACCACCAUAGCCGGUACAGAUCUAGUUGUGCAUUCGACUACGCUUGAUAGCACCACAAAACCUUUCCCAGGGAGCCAUCCAGUGUUUGGUACAGAAAUUGUCCCGGCUGCCUGUCUACUCAAUACAUUUUUGAAAGCGACUGGAAACUCGUCACUACAGAAUACCAUACUCAGGGUCCCUGUUUCAACGAGUGGAUCUCGAGCUGUCCAGAUAGUCAUACAAGGCGAUGAAGUGAAGCUCAUGUCUCGGUUCAUACAGAACGAAAGCGUUGAAGAAAGCUCCUGGGUAACACACACCGAGUCCCGUUGUGCAGCCCGCACCGAAGCCAUCGUAGAAGUGAUUGAUCUGUCUGGAAUUAAGACUCGUAUCGGGACUCGACUUGAUGAUGACUUCACAAUUGACUAUCUAGCCAAGGUUGGCGUUGCAGCUAUGGGAUUCCCCUGGAAGGUCAUGGAGCAUUAUGGCAAUGCAGAUGAAAUGAUAGCGAAGGUAGACGUCUCUCCCAAUACCGUGAAUCCAGAUUGGGACCAGUCAUCCUGGGCCCCAUUACUAGAUGCAGCUACUUCGAUUGGGUCUACGAUAUUCUUCUCUGAUCCUCGACUACGUAUGCCAGCUCAGAUCCAGCAGGUAGACAUUUGGACUGCCCAGGACCCACCUAAGAUAGGCUGGAUAUACGUCAAGAGAGACACCACAAUUGACUACUCUUCCCACGUUUAUAUACUGAGUGAGGACUCUCGAUUGCUUGCUAAAUUUACUUCCAUGCGAUUUUCAGAAAUUGAGGGCACACCUGGUGCAAGCGGGAGCAUGUCCAGCUUGGUGCAUCGUGUUGCUUGGCCUCCAGCUUAUCCUGCAGAGGACCCCAUUCCAAUUCAGAGGAUUAUCAUGGUUGCUAUGAGCAAUACCAUGCGAGAGACAUACGCCAGAACGCUACCGGCCAAUAUACAGUUGGAUCAGCUUACAACUAUAGAGGCUUUGCGUGAAGUGUUGCCAUCCAUUGGAAAUCAGAAAGGGACUGCCAUAGCCUAUAUCCCGGAAGAAGUCCAGUCACUGCAAGAGGUGCCUUCAGCAGCUGAAAGGUUCACCUGGCAGCUACUGGAGAUUAUUAAAUAUGUUGCUCAGAACUCUUUGGCUACCAAAUUAUUUGUGCUUACCACGAACAUGAUGGAAGCAGAGACUCCUACGGCGCUCGCACACUCUCUACUAUUGGGACUUAGUAGAGUCAUUGCCAGCGAACACCCCGACAACUUUGGAGGGCUUAUUGAUGGAGAACAGCAUACAGUGCCUCUCACUGCCAUGAAGUAUAUCCAGGGGCCCGAUGUAAUUCGUAUCAUGGACGGUAUUCCGCGAACAGCUAGACUCCGUGCUCUAUCCCGAGACUGUCGGAAGCAGGAAGUUUCCAAGGCUCUUCCCCGGCCCGAGGGAACAUAUUUGAUUGCUGGUGGCUUGGGUGUUCUAGGCCUCGCCGUGGCUGAAUUCCUGGUCAGCCACGGCGCUCGACGGCUUGUUCUUAUUUCCCGACGAGGCCUCCCACCACGGAGAAUCUGGGAUCGGGCCAGUAAGGAGCUACAGCAAGUUAUAUCCAAGAUUCGGGAUCUUGAGCAGCAAGGCGUUUGUGUUCACAUUUUAGCUUUGGAUCUCUCAACCUCACAAGCGGCAGAGCGUUUGCUGGAGAAAUUGGACCGGUUGAAUCUCCCACCAGUAUUGGGCGUUGUCCAUGCCGCAGGUGUGUUAGAGAAUGAACUUAUUCAAGACGCCACACAAGAUGCGUUUGCUCGCGUCCUCUCGCCCAAAGUUGCUGGGUCAUUAGCGCUGCAUGAGGCGUUCCCUCCUGAUUCACUCGACUUCUUCGUUCUCUUCUCAUCAUGUGGUCAAUUAUUUGGGUUCCCCGGGCAAGGUGCAUACGGCAGCGCCAACACCUUUCUCGACGCCUUAGCUACACACCGCCGUAAUCUGGGCGAGAAUGCCGUUUCAUUCCAGUGGACAGCAUGGCGUGGAAUGGGGAUGGGCAGUGACAGUGACUUUGUUGCUGCAGAGCUUGAGAGCAAAGGCAUCACUGAUGUGACCAGACACGACGCCUUUCAGGCUUGGCUGUACCUUUUACAGUUCAAUACCGAUCAUGGAGUUGUACUUCGCAGUCGCUCCUUUGAGGAAGGAGAACCGCUGCCGACGCCCUUACUCAAGGACAUUGCGAUCCGUCGUGCACGAUCUAUAACUGACCCACCCAGUGUCACCGACGGUGGUUCUUCGAGUGGUGCCUGUAAGAAGCUUCCAUCCUCAGGGCCGGAACUCAAAGCAUACCUUGACGAGCAGAUCCGUGAAUGCGUCGCCAGCGUCCUUCAUCUCCCAUCCACGGACGUUGACUCAAGGAUAGCAUUAUCGGAUCUUGGACUAGACUCAGUCAUGAACACUGCCCUUAGGCGGCUGCUUCAACGAACUUUCAAGAUAAACAUCCCACCUACAUUAGUCUGGAGUUACCCAACAGUCAAGCAUCUCGUUGGCUGGUUUUCCGAGAAGUUGGCUAAGUAA